GUGAAGAGGUGCAAUAUCGGUCGCAGCUGUAUUUUUAUAUCUAAACGUGGUUAACUUUGGAUGACAAUAGAACCGUUGUUUAGUUGUCAUAGUGAAGCGUCAGUAGGUUCCCAGUUUGAGUUCAGAGUCUAAAAAAAACAAACUGAGGAAGCUGCUCAGUUCUCUGCAGACAGCCAACUGACAGGAAGGAAGGAACAACUACCACGCUGCAACUCGACAAACACUUCUUGCCACUUUUAUCUUCAAUUCCUCUUCAAAAAGCUUCAACACCUUUCGUUCUCGUGGCUUUAUGGAAAUAUAAACUACAUGCUGGCAGAAAGGGGGAACUAGAGCUUAACAGCACCACCCCCCUCCUCGUCUCCAACUCACAAUAUCCUCUUUUGGACCCAACCAGCCCCUGUUUUUAUGUUAUCUCUUUGGUUUUAGUGUGGCACGCACACACACACACGCACACACAAACCCAGUGGGGAUGAUUGUCUGGGCAGAUGGUACUCAGUGUGUGGACUAGAAGCUGAGACAGGCAGAGAGAGACAGACUCCUCGUCCGUCAUGGGAUGCUGCAGUGUGACCCAGAGGCAUACUGGAGUGGACGAGGUGGGCCCUGAUGAGAUCGAGCUCCUGGAACUCUCUGGAGACAAUUUAGGGGUGUGGAGUCUGGGAGAGACCAGGCUUCAGCUGUCAGUGAGGAACAGCAGAGAUGAGCAGCAGCCACCGCCACCGCGCUACCCUUCAGUACGACACCUGAAACAAGAGGUGGUGCUGUGGGGCAGGAGCAGAGACGAGUUGCACCACAGGAUUUACUCCCACCAGCCAAUCAGGGAGUGGGAGGGCCAACCUGCCCACAUGUAUGGAGAGAUCAUCCACUCCUCCCUGGUGUCUCUCUAUAACAGCUACACACAGGAAACCAGUGAACACUUCCUUGUGUUGUUUUCUUUCCACCUGCUGAUCCUCUCUCUGGACCACUCACGACAAGACUUUAUUUAUGAGGGCAUCCUUCCCCUUUCUGGACUUUCCUUGCAAGUCGUCUCCUUGGACCCUGACACGUCACAUUCACCACACAUGUUUGAGAUCAGCAGUCCAAUGGUGGACUCCAAGAUCUUCAUAUGUUCCAGUGCUGGAGAGUUACAGAAGUGGAUGCAAGACAUAGAAGACAGGAGAUACAAGUCACUGGCAAAGCCCAUUAGUCCCUCCCACUGCGCGCUCUCCUAUCUUUUACCCUGUGAUGAGCACUGGAAAAGAGAAGAACUGAAAAAGUACUUGAUGCAAGCUCCCAUAUGGCAGUGGGAGGGCUCGCCUAUACAGCAUAUGGGUCAGCCGGGAUACAUAUCUAUCGUCCAUGUCAUCAACACACAGAGACAGGGACUCCAAGAAAGACUGAUAGUUCUCUUUCCUCAAGACCUCCUGCUACUGUCAGUAGACAACAAGCGUCUGAAUAUAAGAUAUGAGGGCAGGUUGCCCCGACACAGCAUCAAAGCAGUGGAGAGGUCAGCCCUGCCUGGGCGGCUGGAGUUAGAGCUGAUAGGGGAGCUGGUGGAACCCCUGCGAGUCUCCUGUACCUGUCUGGAGGAUUAUCGGAACCUGAUGUUUCAAUUACAACAGCCAGACAGAAACAGCCACGUUACUGUGAGUCACGCUGCACCUCCAAUCAUGCCAAAGCUGCAGAGGAGCAGGAAGGAGUCCCAGGAUCCCAUAAUAACAGCCGACCAAUGUCACAUCAAUGGACGCAGCUGACUCAUCCAAAUGGGGAAAAGCUUGACUGUAAUUAUAAAUAUGAAAUAAUGUGUAGAUAGUAUGUACAUACUACUUUUAUGUCUAAUUGUGCCACAAAAUGAAGAUACAGCAGUAAGGAGGUUCUGAAAUAUUCUCACCACAUUUUGAUUUAUUUGAGUGAUUUGACCCUCUGAGGAACUAAAAAGAUACUUAUAGUUUCCUUUCAUGUGCGGACAAACAGAAAUAGAGUCAUGACCCGGUUUAAGGCCAGAACCCAGAUGAAGAAAUGUUAGAUGUAGCGAUUGUAGAGAUGUUUGACUUUUUCCACAAUAAACUGUUAAAAAUUCCACACAACAUAAAA